AUGUUCCAACAACGACAACAACAGCGAUUUCCACCAAUUACUAAACCUCAGCGUUUGAAACUUUUACAAGAUGUUACACAACAACCAUACGGAGUUGGCGUCGUCCAUUAUCACCCCAAUGAUACGAAUAGAAGUCACAAAAAUGAUAAAUUAUCAAUUCUUGAUAGUAAUGAUAUUGAUGAACCGGAUCCAGGUUUUGAAGUUAUUGAAAAGAAUCGAAAAGAACGUUCGAAACGUAUUGCUGAUGAUACCAAGGAAGAACUUGACAGAGUUCUUAAACGUAUUGACAAUACUUUGAAUAAUUAUGAAUAUUCUCUUCAAUCAACUUUAAUUCAGAAUGGAAUGACCCGUGAAGAGAUAAAUAGUGUUGAACAUGUAGCUGAUAUUCAAGAACUAGAAUUUUUAUUAAGUGAUAAUUUAGCUAAACAACGAUAUAAACAGCGUUUAAUGGUUUUCAUUGUUGGACAAGCAGAACAUGCUACUGAAAAAACAAAAUUAUUACAACAACUUGGACAGUUUUUUAUUGAACAAAAACAAAAUUUUAGUGCUGCUGAAUUUAAUGAUUAUGAUGAUACUGGUGAACCUCAAGAUGAAAUUGAAACGACACUUAAAGCAUUUGAUGUCAAAGAUUGUUAUCAUCAUGUUAAAACAUUAGGAAGUCGAAUCAAUGAACUUAAUGAAGAAAUAAUUCAAUUUUUAAUACAAAAUACUGGAACUAAACAAACAAAAGUUAUGGUUGAAAGAGGAAAACGGAAAUUAGCUCAAGUAACAAAGGAAGCUAAAGAACAAUUAGCUGAUCUUCAAUCAAAACUUGAAAUGGCCAAUACAGAAAUGGUAGCAAAAGAUACAACAAUUCAAACAUUAGAAAAAGAUAUUGAAACAAUACGUCAUGAAAUCAAAACAACUCAAGAUAACCAUAAAAAAACACAAGAAGAACUUAAAAAACGUGAUUCAGAAAUAAAAUCUUUUAAACGACGAAAUAAUGAUUUAGAAGAUAUUGUUAAUCGAUAUAGAAAUCAUGCGGGAGAUUUACCUGGGUUUACAUCAGGUACAAGUCAAUCAGAAACAGAUGAUGGUGAUGAUGCAUCAAGAAUGAAUUUGGAAACCAUUGAUGAAACUGAAAGUAGAUACGAAAAAGAAAGUAUUUCAAGUCGUUUAGGUAAAGAACAAACUCAAGGAACAACAGCUCCUACAACUACUGCUGAACCAUCAACAAAAGCUACACCAGCAGCACCUGCUGCUCUUCCACCUGCACCAUCAAAAAGCCCAAAAAAAUCCAAAUCACGUGAAAAAAAUAGACGAUCAUCAUUUCGUUCGAAAAAAGAAGCAGCAAAUCAAAAUGGUGCAGAAGAUCCAGGUGAAAUCUAUCGUCGUAGUCAACAAUUACUUGAAUCAUUAUUAGCUGAUAAAAGUGAAAAUGCUCCUGAUCUUAAUUUAUUAUUUAAACCAGCACGUGGAGUUGAUUUAAAUAAUGUUUCGAUUGAUAAUUUACCAACAGCGUUUACUAAUCUACGAAAAUUUGCUGUUAAUCGUGUGAGAGAAUUAUUAAAAGAUCUUGAAACAAAAGAAUCAGCAAAUAAGGAAACAGUACAAGUUUUAAAACAAGAAUUUGUUGAACAUAAAACCACAUAUGAAAAAGAACGACUUGUUUAUUUUCUAAGUCUUGAUCCAGAUGAUAAUACUUUACAAGAGGAACAAAAAGCAUUAGCUGAAAGAGCAGAUAAUGCUCAUAAACUACAAAUUAAAGCACAAAAAACAGCAGAAGAUGCAUUAAAUCAUUUAGAACUAUUUAUGGUUGAACAAGAAAAAUUAGAUCAACAAGAUGUUGUUCGCCAAACUGAACUUGUUCAUCGUCAUUCAGUUGUUGUUAAUAAUAUGACUGGUGCUAAUAUUACACCACCAGAACAUACUGAUCCUAUCGAAGAACCAACAAAUGAUCGUUUAUCACCUAAUCCAAAACGUUCAACACCAUCAAAAAAUCAAUGGCAAAAACUUUCCAGUGUAGGUAAUUCGCCAUCAAAGGCAGGAUCAAUUGAUGAUCCAAAAGCAACUAUUUUUGAAACUAUACAAACAUUAAAACGUUCACCAAGUCAACAAAAAACACCACCAUCAGGUAAAACUCAACGAUCAGAUUCUAUUGAACAACGACAACCAUCGCCGUCAACACCAUCACUACGUAAAGCCACACAAGAAUUAUUACGUAAAAAAUCUUCUAUUGAUCAAUUUCAUCAACUUCCACAAGAUCGUUCAACUUCAUCGUCACGUCGUUUAAGUGUGGCUAUUAAUGAUGAUAUAAAUUCUGUAUCAAAAGCAGUUACACCACAACUUCAUGAACGUACAUCAUCAAUUCAUUCACGUCCAUUAACACGAUCAAAUUCAAUAAAUCCAGCUUAUAAAGAUCAUGAAAAAUCUUCUAGCGGUGAACGAUCUUAUCAUACAUCAGCUGCACAAUCGCGACGAGUAUCAAUAUCUUUAAAUCGUUCACCUGUACGAGCUGAAGAACUUGAACGUGUACUUACAAAGCUUGUUAAUGAAGAAAUUCAAGCAUUAGAAAAUUAUCGACGAACAUCAGUUAAAAGUCGUACAUCAUUACGAGAAAGAUAUUUAUCUUUAUUAGAAGAAAAAAAACAUGAACUUGAUGAUCUUAAACAACAAGCUGAUGUGACUUUAUCUCGACCAACAACAUCAACAAGAGAAAGAAGACCAACAGACUUAUCCGAACGUAAUACUAGAAAACGAUUAUCAUUUUCUCAUUUGGACGGUAGUACUCCUAGUGAACCUACUAUUAAUAUAGAAAAUCCAAAAGUUAUAAUUAAACACGAUCAACAACAACAAACAUCAUUUGGAGAUUCUCGACCUGCAUCGGCACAAAAAGAAAAAUCAUCUCCACAAAUUAUUCAAAACGAUCAAUAUAAAGUUCCAUUUUUUCAUUUAUAUGAAACAAUUUAUAAGUUUCGUCAUUCAAUUAUGAAUUUACUUGAACAAAAUAAAUUUAGUUCACUUGCUGAUCAUCUUGAAAUGAUUAAGCAAUUAUCUUCAUCACUACCUAAUGAUACUACUACGAAUAACAAUAAUCAUCUGGCAGAUGACUUUGUAGAUAAUUCCGAACGUGCACUUAAAGAUACAAUAAAAGUUUUACAAACAUGUAUGGCAACAUUAAUAUCAACAAUAAAUCAACGUGAAAAUGAACAAAAUCAAUCUCCAACAACAUUGAAUAAUAAUCCGCAAUCAUCAAUUAUUCAAGAAAAAGAAUCUACUAUCGAUGAUCUAAAUCAGAAAUAUCAACAAAUAACAGAAGAAUUUAAUCAAAAUAAUAAAAAAUAUCAAGAAGAAUUAAUACACAAUGGACAGACUAUUGUUGAACAACAAAAAUUAAUUCAAAAUUUUCAACAAGAAUUAAUACGUCUUCAAACACGUUUAUCUAAAAAAGAAAGCGAAGGAAUUGUUCAACCAAAUAUUAUGUUUACUCGUCUAGAUGUAGAACGUAAUGAACAAACACUUAAACAAGCAGCUGACAAAGGCAAACUAUCCGAGAAAAUAGUUAAUGAUAUAAAUGAAUCCAUGGAAGAUUAUAUAAGAUUACCUUGUCGACAAUUUAGUAAUAUUGUUAAACGAUAUAUUCAACAUCGAAAAGCAGCGGAAGUUAAAAAUCUUAUUCAAAAUGAAACAUUGGAUAAUGAAGCAAAAAAUAAUAUGGAAAAAAUGGAAUCAUAUUAUGAACAACGUUCUGGACAAAUUAGUGAACAUAUUGCAAGUAUUCGACAACAUCGCGCAACAUUAGCACGAACAUUAACAGAUAAAUUCGAUCAUCUUGAACAUGACAAUAGUAUAUUUUUAAUUCGUCCAAUUUAUUCAUAUCAAGGACGAGCUACUGUUAAAUCAUCUACGGAAAAUAAAAAACAACGACAAUCAAAAGAAAAUAAUAAAAAAGAAACACAUAAGAAAAGUGAAUCGAGAAAUGAUCAAAACUCAGAUACAUCUGAGAAUGAUGAUGAGAAAUUAUUUCAUAUUAAUGAAAGUUUUACUCCAACAACAACUACUCCACAAUUAAAUGAACUGCCACAUUUACAAGAAUAUGAUAUUCAACGUACACUAUUACCAGUAUCACAUACAUCAACUAAUUCAAAUAAUGGAACUGAUACAUCGACUAAUUUACGUACUUAUGUACCAUUGACAAGACCAAAUCUUAGUGGAAAUAAAAAAUCAAAUACUAAUGUGAAAAAUCCAAUUAUAAGUACAGACGUAUCUUCUUUAUCAGUAAAUCCACUAACAACAAUGAAUUCAUCUGUUAGUGAUAUUAGACGAUCAACACCACCACUACCACCAAUAAAAUCAUCAUUAAAUUCAAGUAAAUCACGAUCAAUUGAUGAAAAACAAAAUAAUGAAUCUACUACAAAUGAUGGUACAGAAAAAGAUAAAAAUAUUAAUCAAGAAAAAUAA